UACCUAUCGAGCGCAAAACGUGCACGAAUAGCAAAUAAAAACAAACUAGCCACCAAAAUGAAAUUUGUUAUAAAAAGUAUUAGUAAAAACUCUGGUCGCCUGGGCCAACUACGAAUUGGGAAGGAGAGCAAUGAACUGCAAACACCGCUGCUAAUGCAGACAACAAAAGGCGGCAGCAUACCCUAUCUCAGUGGCGAUGUCUUCGAUUCGGUCUGCAAGGGACAACAACAACAACAACUGCUCCAACUUACUUUAUCAACCAUGGAUCAAAUGGCCGAAUCCCUCGUCCAGUGGAAUCGCAGCCUGAGCGAAUAUGUUGGCUUGCCUGGUCAUGCCACAGUGUUGCUAUUGCGGGAUCCAUGCGAGACGACACCAGCCGGUGGCAAUGAUCGAGAUGUGGUGCCUCUGUUUACGCGUCGCGGCAAGGAAUCCCUGACAGCGACACGUUACCUGGAAUUGGUGUCGAGUUUUGCGCCCGACGUUUAUCAGGGUCUGUGCGAUGCGGAUACCAACCCCGACAGCACCAAGAAACGUGUACAAAAAUCAGUGGAUCGCACCGAACGCUUCAUGGAGCAGUGCUAUGAGCGGCGCGUGGAGAACUCCACGUUGCUUGCACCCAUUGUGGGUGGCUACAACACCUUCGCGCGCACACAAUCGAUUAAACAUGCCCGCCAGCAGCCAGCAGGCAGCUAUGGUGGCUACAUACUCGAAGGAUUCCAUUCGAAUGGCUUGGCUGCCACCGAGCUGAAGGCGACACAAUUGCUGCCCAUUGUAGAGCACUGUGUGCAACAGCUGGAGGAGGAGCAGCCGCGUCUGAUGCCAGGUGCCUAUACGCCACUGUUGAUGCUGGAGCUGAUACGCCAAGGCAUCGAUAUAUUCGACACAUCCUAUGCCUACUGUGCGGCUGUCAAUUACAAAGCGCUCAGUUUUAGCUACAAGCUGGAUGAGAUUAGGCCGGACGAUGAGCACACGCCUUUGCUGGACAUGACGGCCGAGGAGUACAAGGAGCAGUUUAAGCCACUGCUAAGCGGCUGCACUUGUUUGGCCUGCGAGAAACAUACGCGUGCCUAUCACCAUCAUCUGUACAAGACACACGAGCUGCUGGGUCCCAUUCUGCUAAUGAUCCACAAUUUGCACCAUUUAAUGGGCUUCUUUGAUGUAAUACGGGCAAGCAUUGGAACAGAUCAGUUGCCCGCUCUGCUGGAGCAUCUGCGAAUGCAGAAUACAUCAACCGAGAUCAAUUAUCGCAUCGAACCCAACAACAAGAUUGUGACAAAGGCGGCAAUGGGCAAAGGAUUCAUUGCGCCCGCAGUUUGAAAUUUGUACAUUUUUGUCUAUAAUAAAACUUAAGAAAAAGAGCGUACUUUUUUAGUCUAA